AUGGCCUGUAGAAUUUGGGAGCUGCUUUACGGUGGAAAUCAUUUUAGAACCAACAAAUCUGCAGCUCUCUUUAUGAACUCAACGCGUUAUCACUCUUCACAAGAUGUUUACGACAUGCAAUGGUAUCGGAAUGAGUUUCCAAAGAUAAUAAAGUUGACUCGAUUGCUUGCAAAUGUGGAUACAAUUAAUGGAAGACUUGUCGAUGUAAAUAGUAAUUCAACCAUUUUUGAUGAUGAAAUCGAUCAUCAAAUGCGUACGUUCAAGUCUCUUGUCCGAGUGUUUAUUGGGUCUCCGUUUGUUCAGCAUAAAAUGAGAUGUGUUUUACCCCCCACCACAAAUACACAACAUGAUACAUUUACCCCUUUUAGUAAAACAACCGAAAGAGAAUCUAUGGUGGUUGAUUCGCUGACUAAGGUGAGCAAUUUUCUGAAUGUUUCUGCUCAACAGAGGAAGGUGGUUCGUUUCAAAGUAUGCCCACAGGUUACACAGCACCAUAUAUGGACUGGUGCACUUAAAGAAACUCUGAAUAAUUUUGUAGUUGAUUUGGAUUCUUUGGGUUCUCAGGGCUUGGAAGAAGGUGCUAUAUUGGGUCAGCAAAUUAUUCAUAGCUGCUUGAAAUUUCUGACGGAAACUGCCAGUUUUUCUGACGCUGAUUCAUCUUCAUGGAUGAAGUUUUCACCUACAAAAAUUGUUACUUCUUCUGAGUCCCAGAAAUGGGAAGAUGUUCUUGCAAUGUUCAAUGACCUAAUUAAAUGCUGUAAAAGUGAAACAAGAUUAAAGUCGCAUGUGGCUAAGGUUGAGGUCAUGAAGGAGGGGCUUUUACAUAUCAAGGAUAUUAUGAUUGAUAACAGUAUUGCAUACAAGGAUGCUCGAUAUCUCCAAAACCUAGUGCAGAAGAAGCUUUCCAAAACGUUGGGCCACUCAUCUGGUUGCUUAUUUACUUUAUUACAAUAUUACCUCUAUGGAAGAGUCACAGAUAUUGAAGUAGACUUGUGUGGUGGGAUUUAUAGAAAUGGAAAUGAUAGCAGGUUUUGCUUGUUUAUGGGGAGAAUUUUGACUUCAGAUAGUGACAGGAUGGUUGGGCGUGGUGUGAAGCAGUUGGAUCGAGCACUUGGACUUUUCAAGUUUGUAUGGGAAACAGCUGGAUUGGAAGGGAUUUUGGAAUUGCAAGGCCAUUUAUGGUGUGUUGGAGCAAACAGUAGGAUGCUUAGAUAUAGAGGAAACAUGUAUUUCGUGCAUGGUGUUUGCCUUUGA